GACUCAUGACAAUGUCAAUGAGCUCGUCCGAGAAGUUUUCGUGCAACUUUCUGCUUGGCGCGCAGCAGGAAGCAGGAGCAAUGGCGCAUGAGGAUCCCGCCAACGCCCUGCCAGGCUUGCUGAACGCUGCCUACGAUUCCGAGGAAGACGAAGACUAUGAGGUUGAGGAUUACGAGGAUUUCGCGGCGAUGCUUGGUGUCAACGAGCUGCAUUCCGAUGACGACCUCUCCUUUUUGAGUGACGAGGAUUUGGUGACCGACUCCGAGGAUGACUCGUUGGUCGUGGUGGACUCUUUUGAUUCUGACUCGGAGAUAGGGCAGCCUGCUGGAGGGCUGAAUUUGCUGCUGGCGGAGGCGGGGGACGUAGAACACCAUGGGGUCCACACCUCCGUUCCACACCACCAGUGCUGCGACGCUCUGAGCCUGGCGGACAUAGACAGCGACAGCCUUCUCUUCACAGAGGGGAAGUUUGCCGUUCUUUAUGACCUGGCGGAGCGAGUACUGGUCACUGCAGUGGACUUAGGCUUCAAGCCGUAUAGCAUCGCUCGCCACGAAGACCUUUUUGGAGCCGUGGGCACCCGGGAGCUCAAGAUUUUCCGACUGCGUCCAGACGCCAAAAAGGGCACAGGGGUCAACUUCCAGCAGGUCGCCGAGUUUCGAGUGGGAUCUUGCCAGAUGAACAACGGCGUCAGGUUCGGGCGCUGCGGAAACGAGAUGAAGCUGCUCGUCGCGAGUCAGGACUGCUUCGUGUACGUGUUCAACGUGCCCCGGGCUGGAGCCGCCCGGGCAAACCGACCGGGGGAAGCGGGACCGUCUUCCUCCAGUACUGCGGGCUCCGCAGCAAUCGAUAUGAGAGCCUUUCUGAGUGGCAGCUUGAAAAAGCACUACUCCCCUGCGUACGACCGGCAACCGGGUGCCUAUCGCCGGGAACCACCUUGCUUGCGUGGUCCGGACGGCGCGGAGCUGUGGACGGACGUCAUCGGACGCUUCAGGGCGCCGCUCAACUGCGUGGCCGCCUCGCCGGACGGGAAGCUCCUGGCCGUCGUGGGCGACAGUGCGGGCGUGUGGGUGCUCGACCAGGCGAACAACUACUCCACGGCCAACAUGGCCUCGCUCAGCAUCCACGAAAGGUCGCACCGCAUGUCCGUCAGAGGCUACAGAGGCUGCCAGUACGUCGCCUGGAACAGCCGCUCGGACCUGCUGGCCGCCAGCAGCGACACCGACCACGUGGUGCGCGUGUGGCGCGUUAAGGCGCCCACCGGGCGCAAGCGGGCCGCCACGCGGAACAGCCCCUGUGACGUGGCGGUCGCGGAGGUGGUCGGGACGUACACGCACAACCACCCCUGCUUAGCGCUGCAGUUCUCCCCCAUAGACCCCAAUCUCCUCUUUUACACCGAGUCCCCCACCUCUGCGCCCGCCCACCCCCCCCGCCUGCACGCGGUCGACCUGCGCCGGCCCGUCAACGCAACCCAAGCCGUGCGCGUCACGGACUACGAGUCCACGUGUCCUGCCGCCCAGUUCCGGGGGGGGGGCUGCGGCGAGGGCCACACCGCGGUGCUCCAGUGCAUCAAGGCAGACUGCCCCGGUUACCGGAAGUGGCAGAAGCCGGGGGCCGGGACACCUGCGAACGCGCCCCCCCAGCAGAUGUUCGUGCUGAACCCGGUCAGGAUGAUGUUUGGGCCGGCGCGGCAGCUGCAGGUGACCGGGUUGGCGGUGUCGCGGCGGCACGGCGUGCUGCUCGGGGUGGCCGGGGGGGGCGAGCACGGGACGCGCAACCAGGUGCUGCAGUUCCGGCCGCUGGAGUGGAGCUACGAGCGGCACCGGUUGUUUCCCCCGGGGUUCAAGGAUGCAACGCGUUUCCUCCUUUUGGCUGCGAGCACGUUAUCAGAAGCGGGUUCCGCAUCGGAGGGAAGUCCAUCGGGGUCGUCUUUCAGGUCACUUCCAGAGGACGUCGUGUACAGUAUCAUCGAGAAAGCGGCCAUGCCGCAGAGUGCGUGGGUGGAACAAAGCACACCAGAAGGGCCGCUCUCAUUGGACUAAGACAAACAGUCACAAACAAACUGCCUGUACAUAUGUGAAUACUUCAAGCUGCUUGUGGUGCUUGCAGAUAGGAUGUCAAUCUGCUUAAUACUUGCAGCCGUUUGUGACAGGCCAGCUCAAUGGACGCCCGCACAUGAUUAAGUGUUGGUAGUCAUCAGGACUUGAUCUAGACCGGUUAAGCCACCCUGGCACAUCGUUUACUGAUAUGAUGCGCUUGCAAACGUGCAUGAGUGCGACAGUG